ACAGGUACAAUGAAAUGUCAAAAUCAAAACAAAAGUUCGAGGUCGAGUGCAAAAUAAUUUCAACCGUGAAUGAUUACAUUCCGUGCCGUAGUUUCAGUGAUUUCUACUAGAUUUGCGGAAAACAUGUCUUUCCUCGUGAAACAGUUCGCUCGCAGGGUGAUCCCGAGCUUCACCACUGCUUCUAAGAGGUUAAACUUUUCCACAAGCUCAGUAGUCCUCACUCCUCGCAUUCAGAAGCCAGCACCAGACUUCUCUGCCACUGCAGUUGUCAACGGAGAAUUCAACCAGAUCAAACUUGCAGAUUUCUCCGGCAAAUAUGUUGUGCUGCUCUUCUAUCCGUUAGACUUUACUUUCGUGUGCCCUACUGAGCUGAUAGCGUUCAGUGAGCGAGCAUCAGACUUCGCCAACAUUGGCUGCCAGGUACUCGGUGUCUCCACCGACUCUGAGUUCAGCCAUCUUGCCUGGAUCAAUACUCCUAGGAAGGAUGGUGGUCUAGGCAAUCUUAAUAUUCCUCUGCUGGCCGACUACCAGAAGAAGAUAUCGCAAGACUACGAGGUACUACUUGACCAGGGAUUCGCUCUUCGUGGUCUAUUCGUGAUCGACGGCAAAGGCAUCCUGAGACACAUGUCUGUCAAUGACCUGCCUGUCGGCCGCUCUGUCGACGAAACACUGAGACUCGUCAAGGCCUUCCAGUUCGCCGAUAAACAUGGGGAAGUCUGCCCAGCCAACUGGAACCCAGAUACGAAUGCGAGCACCAUCAAACCAAGCCCUAAGGAAAGCAAGGAAUACUUCCGAAAGGCCAACUAAGCUAGUACUAGAUAUUAGAAUACUAAUGUGUCACAUACGAUCAAACUGGGAAUGGACGAGGUAAUGUAACCUUCAUGGUGUCUUUUUAAAUUAUUUAUUUUUAAUUAUCUCCGCUACAUCAGCGGGCUUAGCACCGUAAGCGCGACUCUCUCGCCUCGACAUACGUCACACGUCACUCUCUCACAGUACUGUACAGAAAGAGACAGAUGAUCUCUGUCGCGGCGACAAAGAGUCGCGUGCUUACGGUGCUAGGCUCGCAGAAGUAGAUAAACAUAAAUAGCCUACAUAUACAAUCUCAAUACUGGGGCCACUGAGGGUCUACAAAAGCCACAUUGAAGCAAUUCAUCUAAAAAGCAAUAUUGCAAUUUGUGUUGUGGUAAAGAUAGCUUCGAUAGCUACAGUGGUGUGCUAAACAUAGGUCGCGUUGGUUGUGUAUGCGAAAAGGGUGGAUAGCAAAAAUAUGCAAGUAACAGGGAAGGUGGGAACAUUACGAAUGCGCUGCUAAAAGGAAAUUUAUGUCUCCGGGGACACCGUUGCUCCACGAGGGUCCUCGGAAAUGAUUCAGAUGGCUGCCUGCACUUUUGUGAUGAUUAUUGAAUUUUGUUUGGCCGGCCGGCACUUUCACGCACGGUUGUUGAAGCUUCCUUAUGAUAGUUUCCAAGUAGUCAAAUCAGUUACUUUUUACUAAACGUCAAAACACGAAGUUACUAUGGAAUUUGUAGGAAAAAGCACACUGUGACGUCAUAGAAAACGUGAUAAAAUGUCUAGUUUUUCCUGAUUCAAAUUCAUAAAUAAGUUAGAAAAUGUUUAUUGGCAGUUUUAAAUCUGUUCUUUAUUUAAAUAAAAAAGUAAAAAAUCUUGUUGAACUGUUGUGUUCGGUCAAGAGGAUGAAUAACAAACUUUAUUAUAACACAUUACGCGUUACAUAAGUUAAUAGUGAAAUAUAUCCACGCAAUAGAAGGAAAAGGUUGGAAAGGCCCUAACGCCCUUUUAGUAUGAGAACUGCUGUCGCCGAUUUUACCCCACUCUCAUUUACUACUACUCCUGCAAACAGAUAAGUACAAUAGCUCUACUGCUUCUAAAGUCCAUAGCCACGUCGGUAAUGUACAUUUUAUAAGAUAGCCUGCAAUUUUAUCAUUAUUUUUCGUAAGAUACUACAUAAAAAAGACUUUUUUUUUGAUAAAUAGCCUAUCAUACUAAGGUUUUUAGCUUUCUCAGGAGGGAUCUCCUUGCAUGAUUGUCGAUAUUUGAUUUUAUGCCCUGCAGGUUAGUUAUAAUGCAUAAGACGACCUUUUCAUACAUUACUGGUGAGCUUCGUAAAGUUUGCGGACGACUGGAGUUGAAGUGUGUACUAUUUACUUAAAUACUUUUUGGUGCGCGCUUCGCUCUCACUUGGCCCUUCCAACCUCUUUUUUCUAUUCCUUGAAUAUAUUCGAUGCUCGAAUAAGACAAUUCUCUAUACAUACACACACAUUAGUUAGUAUAAAAUAGCCUGAUGAAGUAUUUAUUAUAUUAUAUACCUAACUGGAUAAGAAUCGGUUAAGAAGCAUUUAGUUUUAAUUUAUGAUAAUAAUAAUAAUUGUAUUAAUGUUUUCAUAAAUUAAGCAAAACAUAAUAAUAUUACGAGUAACCCGUUUGGUAAUUUAUUUUAAAUUAUAUUUAAAACGAUUUUGUUUGUUAUCAACUUAACAUGGUAACUGCGUAUUUAUGUCACUUCCAUUAUUAUUGUAAUAAACUUUGUUAGUUUUUAAA